AUGGUUGGUCUUUUGCUCUCAUUGAUCACAUUGUCGGUUUCUGUCGUUUCGGCUGCUUGCACUGCGGCCCCGGGUGUUGGCACUGUGGCCCUCGAGGCAGCCAUGGCGGCGCGCCUGCUCCUCGGCAGGCUUGCCGGCGUCGCAAGCCGCCCGGAGUGGCACCGGCAGUGCGGGAGGGCCCUCGCCGCGCAGCCCUGCGCGGUGCCCGAGGUGGAGGAUCGGAGGGCAGGCAGGGACAACGGGCACGCCCGCCCGCGUUGGGUUGAUGCCCUCGGCGACGUGCGCAGCGACUGGACGCGGGAGGAGGUGGGGGAGGUGUUUGCAAGUCCCCUCCUGGAGUUGGUCUUCAAAGCCCAAACCGUGCACAGGAUGUACCACGACCCCAGAAUGGUGCAGCGGUGCACACUGUUGAAUAUCAAGUCGGGUGGGUGUCCAGAAGACUGCAAAUACUGCUCACAGAGCUCAAAAUGGAGCAAGGACGUCGAUAUGAAAGCUGAAAAACUCAUGGAUCUUGACUCGGUGCUUGAGGCCGCCCAACGGGCUAAGGCGGCAGGAAGCACUCGAUUCUGCAUGGGCGCUGCCUGGAGGGGCCCCUCACAGGUGGGCCCAAGACAAUGGGAGCGAGUGCUGAAAAUGGUGAAGGAGGUGAAAGCCAUGGGCAUGGAAGUGUGCACUACCCUGGGGAUGGUGACUCCAGAACAAGCAAGGCAGCUCAAGGAGGCUGGGUUAACUGCAUACAACCACAAUCUGGAUACAAGCCCAGAGUAUUACAGCAAAAUCACGACAACGAGGAAAUAUGAGGAUCGGCUGAAUACACUUGAGGCUGUGCGCGAAGCAGGCAUUGGCAUGUGUGCUGGUGGCAUCAUUGGCCUAGGGGAGGGGAUCCAUGACCGUGUCGGCCUGCUACACCAACUGGCCUCGCUUCCAGUGCAUCCAGACUCUGUUCCCAUAAACAGGCUUGUGGCCAUCAAGGGGACACCAAUGCAGGACGAGAAGCUGGUGGAUUCAUUGGAUUUAGUCAGGUGCAUAGCUACUGCGAGAAUCGUCAUGCCGCGGUCGAUGGUGAGGCUUGCAGCAGGGCGUUUAAAACUGUCCCUCGCCGAUCAGGGGAUGUGCUUCAUGGCUGGGGCCAACAGCAUCUUUUCAGGCGACCAGCUCCUCACCACUCCUAAUAACGACAAGAGUGAGGACGACGUAAUGUUCCAAGUGCUUGGGCUGAUGGAAAAGCCAUACAACCCACCUAAAGAUGCACUGCAUCGAGACGUGCGUAUGCAUGGCAAACAGCACCACCAAGCAAGCACAGUACAGUAG